UUCCGAUGGGUGAAAUAUUUCUUUUGGCCUCUUUACGUAAGGUAGUUAGUAUACGCCAUUUCCCGUGACCUAGAUCCCCGCCAAGCUGGGGAAUCCUACGCAGUAACGUUACUGCAAAACCUUGAAAAAGAAAAGUGAAGAAUCGACAUGCGACGAUUGUGGUCCAAAACUCCUGAUUGAGCAGUCGUACCGAAUCUCCUCGCAUAUUUCGAAAGACAUAGGAUAGAGGCAGCAAAGCGCACCGGCGUUGACCGAGAAAUACCCACACCCAUGUCCCAAGCCGAUGAGGCCAAGCACCCCCACUAUGGGCCCCCGGAGGAUAUCCCCGGCCAGGAGCACCAUAUCCAGUCCGACCGGCUGAAGCGCUCCCUCUCCCCUCGCCAGGUCCAGAUGAUAGCCAUCGGCGGGACCAUCGGCACGGGGCUCUUCCUGGGCACCGGGAAGUCGCUCGCGACCGGUGGACCUGCCUCGGUGCUGAUCGCCUACGCCAUCGUCGGCGGCAUCGUCUUCACCACCAUGCUGAGCCUCGGGGAGAUGGCUGCCUUCAUUCCCGUAGCGGGCAGCUUCUGCACGUUUGCCGGGCGUUUUGUCGACGACGCCUUUGGUUUUGCGCUCACGUGGAACUACUGGUUUAACGAUGCCGUCUCUACGGCGUCGGACUUGGUUGCUCUUCAGCUCGUCUUCGCGUUCUGGGAGAGCAACUUUCCCGGGUGGGCGCUGAGUCUCAUCUUCUGGGUAGUACUGAUAUGUGCAAACAUCAUCACGGUGUCUGCGUAUGGCGAGCUCGAGUAUUGGCUUAGCUUGCUCAAGGUCAUAACUAUUCUGGUCUUCAUCGUCAUGGGUAUAGUUGUCAACUGCGGAGGUAAUGCAGACGGCCACUAUAUCGGCGGCGAGAACUGGCGCAUUCCCGGCGCCCCAUUCGUGCACGGUAUCGGUGGUUUUGCAUCGGUCUUUGUGACGGCUGCUUUUGCGUACGGCGGCACGGAGUCCAUAGCCAUCACGGCCGGCGAAACCAAGAAUCCCACCAAGAACCUCCCCCGAGUGGUCAAGAAUGUUUUCUGGCGCAUCCUCCUGUUUUAUAUCUUGUCGAUACUAUUAAUCGGACUGAACGUGCCAUACAACUAUCCCAAUCUGUCGAACAAGACUACCACCACGUCCCCGUUCACCAUCGUCUUUGAGAUGACGGGGGCAAACGCUGCAGGGAGUGUCAUUAAUGCCGUGAUUAUGACGAGUGUCCUGUCUGCUGGCAACCAUGCACUUUUUGCUGGCACCAGACUGAUGUACACACUUGCCAUGGAGGGCCAUGCUCCCCGAACCCUGGGUAAACUGAACAGAAACAGAGUGCCUUGGAUCGCAGUCCUUGUCACUAGUCUAAUCAGCGGUCUUUGUUUCGGAUCCAGCUACAUCGGCGCCGGCCAGCUUUGGAGUUGGCUUCAAAAUAUCGUCGGUGUAUCCAACCAGCUGAGCUGGAUCGCCAUUGGCAUCACCUCGAUCCGCUUCCGGCGCGCCCUUGAGGUCCAGGGGAAGACGCAUUUGCUGCCGUUCCGGAACUGGACGUAUCCGGUGGGGCCCUACCUGUGCGUAAUCCUAAACAUAGUCAUCGUUCUCGUGCAGGGCUGGGACUGCUUCAGCCCGAGCUUCGACGCUGUCAGCUUUGUCAGCUAUUACAUCGAGCUGCCCGUCAUGCUGGUCAUGUAUCUCGCCUGGAAGUUCCUCAAGAAGACCAAGCUGGUCGGCCUGGCCGAGAUGGAUCUUGACACCGACACCCAUACAGCGGACGAGGGAAAGCCAACAGUUCCAAAGACUUGGCGGGGGAGACUCAAGAGGGCUCUGACUUGGCUUUUCUGAUGGAAUGGUGAGUAUUUGGUGCCCGAGUCUACGAUAUUUAAUCGCAAGGUUCAGACUUCGAUGUUGCUCCUCUAUUUAUAAAUCAAACCCAGGAGACGCUGGCUUCAUACUACUUCUUGACGGAUCCAGCCAGAGUUUAUUCCAUAUACUUUACC